CCAGAGAAGCUGAACAUCUGAAACUCUCUCUGACGUCUCUAGUUGUGGUUGUAAGUCCUUAGUAUCUCAUCUAGUCCGACUGGCCAAGCAAGGGCUGGUGGAGCUGGGAAUUAAGGAAAUUCGGGGCGGACCGCACUCUGAAACUCCCACAGCUAUUGCAAAUGAGAUGAGCCAUUUGCCUCUCAGUUUCUAUAGGACGUUAUUAAAAUGUACUGCUGCUGUGUGAGGAGAGCUUUUCAGCAGGGAGCUACACUAAAAGCAGAAAUAUUAAGACUGGACUCUGUCUAUGCGGGAUUGCAUCUUCAAUGGCUGGGGAAAGAUUGAUCAAGUGGCUGAAAUGAAUAUGAACACUAUCCUGGAAGAGAUUCUGAUUAAAAGAUCACAACAAAAGAAAAGGACAUCUCCUUUAAAUUACAAAGAGAGGCUUUUUGUGCUUACAAAAUCCAUGUUAGCAUAUUAUGAAGGUCGUGCAGAGAAAAAGUACCGAAAAGGAUCAGUUGACAUUUCCAAAAUCAAGUGUGUGGAAAUCGUGAAGAAUGAUGCUUUAGUUAUUCCCUGUCAAAAUAAGUACCCAUUUCAGGUUGUGUAUGAAAACAGCACACUUUAUAUUUUUGCUCCCACUGCAUACAGUAGAGAUCAGUGGGUAAGGAACUUGAAAGAAGAAAUAAAGAACAACAACAAUAUAAUGGUUAAGUACCACCCUAAAUUCUGGACAGAUGGAAUCUAUCAGUGCUGCAGACAAACAGAAAAAUUAGCACCUGGAUGUGAAAAAUAUAACCUCUUUGAAAACGGUAUGAAGACUUUGCCUCCAUCAAUGCCGGAUAAAAGUAAGAGAAGGCCCCCACCCCCUGUUCCCCAGGAAGAAGAGGAGGAAGAGGAAGAAAUAGUAGUAGCCAUGUAUGACUUUCAGCCCACAGAACCUCAUGACUUGAGAUUGGAAAGGGGUCAAGAAUAUACCAUCCUUGAAAAAAAUGACAUUCAUUGGUGGAAAGCAAGAGAUAAAUAUGGAAGCAAAGGAUAUAUUCCAAGCAACUAUGUAACAGGAAAGAAGUCCAACAGUCUAGAUCAAUAUGAAUGGUACUGUCGAAAUCUAAACAGAAGCAAAGCUGAACAACUCCUAAGAAAUGAAGAUAAAGAAGGUGGUUUCAUGGUGAGGGACUCUAGUCAACCAGGUUUAUAUACAGUAUCCCUUUAUGCAAAAUUUGGAGGAGAAGGGUUAUCUGGAAUAAGACACUACCAUAUAAAAGAAACGAUGACAUCACAAAAGCAGUACUACCUAGCUGAAAAACAUUUAUUUGACUCCAUUCCUGAGCUAAUUGAGUAUCAUAAACACAAUGCUGCAGGUCUUGUUACAAGGUUACGAUACCCAGUGACUCCAAAGGUGAAGCCCUCCCCAACCACGGCAGGAUUCAGUUAUGAGAAAUGGGAGAUCAAUCCUGCCGAGCUCACCUUCAUGAGAGAGUUGGGCAGUGGUCUUUUCGGCGUGGUGCGCCUUGGCAAAUGGAGAGCGCAGUAUAAAGUGGCCAUCAAAGCAAUCCGAGAAGGUGCAAUGUACGAAGAGGACUUCAUAGAAGAAGCUAAAGUGAUGAUGAAGUUGACCCAUCCAAAAUUAGUCCAGCUGUAUGGUGUCUGCACCCAGCAGAGACCUAUUUACAUAGUGACAGAGUUCAUGGAGCACGGCUGCCUUCUGAAUUACCUUCGGCAAAGACGUGGACACUUUACUAAAGACCAUCUGCUGACAAUGUGCCAGGAUGUUUGUGAAGGGAUGGAGUACCUGGAGAGAAACAGCUUUAUUCACAGAGAUCUGGCUGCUAGAAACUGCUUAGUGAAUGAAUCAGGGGUGGUGAAAGUGUCUGACUUCGGAAUGACAAGGUAUGUGCUUGAUGACCAGUACACAAGCUCUUCAGGUGCUAAGUUUCCUGUGAAGUGGUGUCCCCCAGAGGUUUUUAAUUAUAGCAGGUUCAGCAGCAAGUCAGAUGUCUGGUCUUUUGGUGUUCUCAUGUGGGAAGUAUUUACUGAAGGCAAAAUGCCCUUUGAGACAAACACGAACUAUGAAGUAGUGACUAUGAUUAGCCAAGGACACCGUCUAUUUCGCCCAAAGUUAGCAUCUAAGAAUAUUUAUGAUGUGAUGUUGUUGUGCUGGCAUGAGAAACCAGAGGGACGCCCUACAUUUCAGGAUUUGCUGCAGAUGAUUGAUACCAUAGCAGAGGAUGCUUCCUGAAAAGGCAUGAGAGGAACAAAGUUGUUCACAGUAGAGACAGCAUUAUGAAAAGGCGUGCUCCUGGAUGUUGCUUCAAAAGGCCACACACAGAGAGAGGACAACAAAUGCCAAGUUUCCUUCUCCUUAAAAGGAAGUGUUUUACCAAGAUAGCCAUAGUUUGCUCAGCCAUUUAAACAGUCUAUGAAGUAGACACUGAUGAGGUGGAAAACAUGGUUCUUGGCUGGGGGAAGAAACAGGAUGGAACCACAAUUUGAGCCCUAAAUUGCAGAGCAGUAACUGGGUUUUAUAAAAGUCUCUUCCCACUUCUAUCAACCAAAUGUUGAGGAGUGGCAAGGACUAGAUUCUUCAGCAACAAUGUUCCCAUGGCUUUCCUGAAAAUGCAGCGUCACAUUGGCUCACCAAAGCUAUAAAUAUUGCCGUUAGCUCAUGAUCUUGCAGUGCUCUUUUGUUUUGCUUCCUUUAAUAGUUGACACUGCAGCACCCCUCAGCUGUUCCACCUCAAAUGAAAGACCGUGUUCUUUUAAUCUUCUCACCUGGACUUUUUCUACAGAGGCAGACCAGAAGCUAGUACUAUGACUAUUGCUACUCUGUGAAUUAUAGCACUUAGCGGAUAGAGAAGUGGUGGCUGGACAGAGUGCUAUAUUAGCAGAGGCUGGAUUCCAAAUCCCUCUUCACCAAUGAAACGCUUAUGGGGAUUGUGGGCCAAUUGCUAUCUUUCAACCUAACCUACCUCACAGCGUUGUUGAGAGGCCAAAGGGAGAGAGGACAAGAGAUUAUCUUGAGUUUCUUAGAGGAAGGGUGGGAUUAAAAAAUGUAGAAGUUCUAGUGGAUGAGAAGCUGCUGCAAUUCACCCUGAGCCUAUGGAGUAGGAAAAUGUAUUAAAUAAAGAAAAUCUGCUUAGGGGGAACUUUGACACAGCA